AGGUUAGGGUACAAACUAAAGAGAACCAGCUAACAAAAUGGCGUCAAAAUUGAAUCCUCCGUCUGACUUCGCUUCUGGAAAAAAGAAAGAGGUUUACACAGACCAUGAUAAGGUUGAUUUACUACCACCAUCAGCAUUUGAGACACAUACCGUGGAUGCAGCUUGGAAGGAAUUGGCCAGAGCAACUAAUGAAGUCAUGUCACUUAAACUGGAAAACCAGAAGCUUUUAAGGGAGAAGACACCUAUGCCCCAAUUUAUUCCACAAUUUGGAACAAGAGUGAGAGAAGAAAUUUCCAAAGAUGAAGAAAGAAAGUAUAUAGAUGAAAUAAUUAAACAGAGCAGUGAGAUAUCAGACUUAAAGAAAGAAAUCCAGGUGUUAAAGUCCAAACACAAGGAAGAGCUGCUAGAGAUAGAGAAACAACAGACUUACAAGGAACGGCAACAGGUACAGCGAUCUGCUGAGUUAGCCGCGGAAUUAAGGACUCUGGAGGAAAGAUACGACAUGGAAAUCAACAAACUGAGUUGUGACCACCAGAGACAGACUGAAGAACUAGAGGGUAUUAUACAAGGAUUGAGAGAUGAACUGUCCUCGACACUGUCAAAGUCAAAGUCAAGGUCAGAAGAGCUUGAGUGUCAGUUGAAGGAGACACAGGAAGAGUUGUCCAGGAAAGUGGGAGAUCUUGAGGCAGAACUUAGAUCUAAAAACCAGACUGUAGAAAACCAGUCCAAACAGGUGUUACAGCUGAAGAAUUACAUUGGAGAAUCAGAAACUAUUCCCAGGCCUGUGGAGAUCUGGAGAAAAGAGAAAGAAACCCUGGAAAACAGACUCAAGAUUUCUGAAAUAGACAGGGAGAAUUGCCAGUCUAAUCUACAGCUGUUGAACAUAAGACUGAAUUCCAUGAAAGAAAUUCUAAACCUGCAGGAGGCUGAACUAUCAAGGGCCAACAAAGAGAAAAUGGAUAAAACUAAACAAGAAAGCCUACUUCUUACAAGGUGGAGAGAGAAAGUUUAUGAACUUUUGGUACAACAGAAAUCAGUGACCAUUGUCCAGAAGAAAGAUGACCAGAACUGGCAGGAAAAGGUGUGCAACCUUCAGAAUCAGCUGACUUCAGCCAAUAACCAGAUAGUGGUUCUGAGUCACUCUCUGUCGGACAAACAGGCACAGCUGGACAUGGAGAAAAAUAACAACAAGCAAUUACAACAGGAAGUGAAUGCAGCCCAGCAGAUGGCACUAAGUCUGGAUGACAGGCUCCAUGAGAAUACAGAUACCAUGAAUGUACUCUAUCAGUUCUCUGAAAGCAUCAGCAGUAAAUUUGAAGGGAAUCUUGGAAUCAUGCAAAGCAUCCUGGGAUCGCUGAAGGCCUAUGGUCAAAGGAUCAGCUUUGCUAGUAGCCGGAUAGAGGUUUUACAAGGAAUUUAUGGAAGAAAUGAAGCCAUGAAGAAAAUUAAAGGAGACGGUGAAGAUGUAGAUGACCUUUCUAGAGGUCAGAAUACAACUGAAAGUGUGUCGUACGUAUCAUUAGAACUCGAGCAAGUGAUGAGGGAACGAGAUGGACUCGCUGCUCAGUUAAAACAAGAUGCAGAAAACUGGAGUGAGAGACUGCAGGCUGCUACAGUUAAAUGUGGUGAAGAGAACAAGACUUUAAGAAAGACAGUGGAAGACUUAGAACAGGUGCUACAAGAAAAGUCCCAGAAAUGUUGUAAUCUAGAGGAAUUGUGUGAAAAACUGCAGGGUGAAUUGGAUGAGGCAUAUGAUAACAUUGAUCAUUUGAAGACGGAGGCAGCCAAGAGGGAAGUGGGACUUGAACAAGUGGUGACAGAGCAAAAAUCUGAGAUUGAGGCAGAAUUCCGAGAACAGUUGGCUGAGUACGACAGAAAGUUGAGUGAUGCUAAAAGAGAACACGCCAAAGCAGUGGUAUCCUUAAGACAGUUGGAGAGACAGAUGACUCGAGAGAAGGAGCGGGCGACAGAACAUUUUCAGACCAUGGAGAACCACUAUAUCCAGCAGUUAUCUGCCCAACAGGAACAGGCAAAAUCACUGGAGAAAGAGAGGAAUCUAAUGAUGGCCACACUGAGACAAGAGGGUUUGUUGAGUAAGCUGAGAGCAAAAAGGUCAGAGAUUGCCCAAUUACCAGAAAUAGAUGUUAACCAUCAGUUCUCUAAUGCCGGAACUGGUCUCCAAAACCAACCUGAAGAACAACAAAACGUGAGCAGCGAGCCAAUAUCAGCUGUGUUGGAGGAUUUAAAAGUGUUGACUGUCGCGGUUUUAGAGGACAAUUUCUCAGGUUCUGAGUCAGACACUUGAUAAAAGAUAUAAUGUUUCUGGAUUCAAACUGUGAUGUGGCCUGGUAAGACGAUCUGGGUACUAAGAAAUCUGAUCCACGGACGGAACAAUCCUUUGGUUGGUUGACAUAGAAGGAAAUAAAGCUAGGAGAUCUGAUGAAAACGUGUGUUUUGUAACGAUGUAUAGAUCAUGAAAUUAUGUCAUAUAUGUAACUUUAUUUUGACAUAAUCUCUAUAAGGAAAUUAGACCAAUAAAAUUUGCUUCCUAUUA